CCUUCGACGAGUAGUUAGCCUGAGGGAGCGGGAGAGGGAGGAGGGGCAUGCGCUGGGGGAGCGGCGGCGGCGGCGGUUCCGCCAUGGCCGCUGCUGUGUGCGUGCGUGAACUGGUCGGGUGGUGUGGUGUGCGUUGAUUUUUCUGUUUUUUUUUUCUAUUCUAAGAGAAGAGAUGAGACGAGGGUAAAACUGGAAUUCUCAGAUUGACUGACAGGAAAACGUAGAGAUUCUGACGAUGGACUAACGGCGAUGGCAAAUAAGCACUAGAAUUCGUUUGUGUCUGGUAUAUGAGCACUAGAGCUUUGUUCGAUGGCAAAUGAGCAAUUGAUGCUUGUCUCAGUGGUAUAGAAGCCAUUUUCUCUAGAUAUUUCGUUCAUGUAAAUAGAUUUUCAAACUUGCGACCUACAUAAAUUAUAUGGAUGCGUAUAUAUAUGUAGCACUUAUUCCACCGAUGCGCUUCACGGAUGAACCACCUGGGCCACGAGACUUCGCGUGCUCCUACAUGCAUACUCUCAACGUCUUCUCGGUCAAACUUGCUGGACUACAUAGGGAUUUGGCAUGGCCACUCCAUGUGUUCAGCAUCGUCGCCGCACGCGACACUCUGGAUCACAAUCGCAAUAUCAUCUUGCAUCGCACCAGGGAUAACCGCCAAAUCAUCCAUCAGGAGGUUUGUGUUCGAAUUCGUUGCUCCCCACAAGAUUCUUCUAGUACAUCUUCAUCUUGUAAUCUCUCUGGCUAACAAGCAAUAUGCUCAUGUUCUGUGUGAAUCAUAUAAGUAACUUUGAGGCCAAACUGCACCAUAGUUUUCUAAGUUGACUCAAGUUUGCAUUUGAGUAUGAUCUUUGGUGCAUCUCUGGUGUCACUAUGGUGCACGUUUUCAGGUAUAGAGGAGUUUUAUGGAACAGUAGUGCGUGGCAUAUGCAUGCACAUUUUCACCCUUCAUUUAUUAUAUGUUUAAACUGGUUCUAUAGAUCGAAAGGGUCCUGAAGAUUUAACAUGCUUCAAGAUCAAACUCAAAUUCAUGUCGAAUUCUGUGCCCCAUUGGUCAUUUUUGUGUGGCCAGCAUAUUUCUAAUUACCAUUGUUCUAUUUAGUUUCACUUGAUAUACGUCUCAUAUUUUAUUUUAACUUUUACGGGGACUUGUCACGUCUUCUCAUUAAUUAUUAAGGAGGAACUAUAUAUCAGCAUUACUCAGUUAACUAAUCAUUGUGUGCAUGCAGGAUCCCUACCUAGAAUUGACAGGUCCUAUCCGUGGUAUCGUGGUGAUUGAUCCUGUGAAAUUUGAGGUUGUGCUGAAAGUGAAGGGCUCCACUGAAUCCGAGGACAAAGAUUUAAGCUUUCUGGUUGUGCGGUACUUUAGUAACGGCGGUGAAAGUCGGUCACUUGUGAUCAACAAAAUCAGGACUAACAAGCUUAGCACACUAGAGUUGACAUUCGGCCACAUUGUUCGCUCUGUGGAGGCCGCGAUUAGUGUGAGAGUGAUUGGCGGUUCAUGGCCAGAUGGGUUUCGAGGUGUAUUUACAGCUACCACUGGCAGCAUAAAUCACAUGAAGUUCUCGUUGCUUUCUUCUAGAAACUGUAAGUUUCCUGUCAAGUCUGAUGGAAUGAUCUUGCUAUCACGAUGUGUUGUUUGUGUUGAACUCGAUGGAGAACUCAUGGUUUCCAUCAUUGCACAACAUGAAGACGAGGAGAAAGUUGUUGAUCAGAGUGAUGAUAACGUUUUUACACCUAAGAAAGCUGGUAGAAGCCAUAAUAUCCUCAAGAUUGGGUCGUGCAAGAUGGAAGUCACUGUGGCCUGCUCUGUUUUCUCGGAUCGUAUACUUGUUCGUGACGAAUGGGUUGGUGCUCGGCAUCUGUGAUCAUAUUUUUCUCGAUCGUUGAUUAGUUGUUGGUAUUAUCGAGUGUGUAUUUGUGUUUACAAUGCCAUGUAAUUAAUUUCGGCUCGUUCGUUUGAAGUCUUGAGCUUGAACUUCCUUUUGUAGCUCCGCUCACAAGGACUUCUUUUGCGCUUUCUACUGACUAAUGAUCAUGAUAUUUUAGUUUUAAUGCCUGUAAGCACAAAUCUCUAUUAUUAAAGGGCAUUUUUUCGUCAUUGUCGUGGUGAUGAUUCGACCUCC